GAGUCUCCAAAAAGCUGCAAAGUGCCUUUCAAUGCUCCUCUAAAUCAGGCCCCAGGGUCCCCGACUUGUCAAAAAAAAGACCCAGAAAAGGGGGACUCCCAUCGGAUGGCUUGGAUCCGCAGCGACCUAUCACAGGCCGUCUAAAAGUCACUUUUUUGUGUCUUGCUCGCUCUCGGCCUCCACCUCAUCGCCGUCCCGUCCGCGCCGUAACGUAUUUGCCCAUUCCAUUGCCAGGUUCCGGCGGGGUGUGCAAGAAAUCUGUCCGCGUACGGAUACAUGCUCCGUACAUUUCCAUUCUUUAUAUAUCUAGAAUCGUGUCCCUUAGGUUCUAUCAGGCCACAUUGACAACGUGACACCAGCAUCGCGCCUGAUAGCUUCCUACCUUAGUACAAGGGCGUCGAUCACUAAAAGUAGCUUCCCCGGCAGUGAGACUUUCCGAACCGGCAACCUUACCUCGAGCUGUCCUGCCAGCUACACACCUCACUUCACCUCUCCUCGCCUCUCCACAGACACAAGAACAUACGCUCAUACAAUGGCCGACGACGCAGCAAACGUGCGGCAACGCAAGCGCGUCGAGGAAGUCGACUCGGACGGCAACGCCAUCGACUCGGACGCACCGCCCGUCACGACAGCAGACAAGAAGAAGUCUAAAAAGUCCAAGAAGGAGUCUGUAUACACGGACGAGUACAGCCCCUACCUCGACAUCCUCCGCCUCCUCAGCUUCUUCUUCCUCGCCUCGUGCGCCCUGAGCUACCUCCAGAGCGGCGGCGAGAGCUUCUUCUGGGGCCAGAAGAAUAAGCCCUGGUACAUGAGGCCCGACUACUGGAAGGCCAAAUGGAAUGGCCCCCUCUACCUAACCCCCGAAGAACUCCUCCAAUACGACGGCUCCGACCCGACAAAGCCAAUCUACCUCGCCAUCAACCACACAAUCUUUGACGUCUCCGCCAACCCGCGCAUCUACGGCCCCGGCGGCUCCUACAACGUCUUCGCCGGCCGCGACGCCUCCCGCGGCUUCGUCACGGGCUGCUUCGUCGAGGACCGCACCCCCGACAUGCGCGGCGUCGAAGACAUGUUCUUACCCUUGGAUGACCCCGAAGUCGACCGCCACUGGUCGUACGCCGAUAUGCAGGCCCUCCAGGCGGAAGAGCGCGCCGCCGCGCAGCAAAAAGUGCACGAUGCGCUCAAGCACUGGGUUGAUUUCUUUAGCAAGAGCGACAAGUAUGGUGAGGUCGGAAAGGUCAAGAGGGAGGAAGGGUGGUUGGAGAAGGAGAAGAGACGGCCGCUUUGUGAGCAGGCGCAGAAGGGGCGGGUGAAGAGGGUUGUUCCUGGACAAGAGCAGAAGUAAAAGCCGAGAAUGAUGUUCCACGGGUGAUGCCCUCCUUAUCGGGACUUGGUGUUUGCAUUGUAAGGACGAUUCACUGUAGGACGAUUCACUGUAGUAUACUAGGAAGGGAUAGAAAGGAAGUAAAAAGCCAUUGGCUUGAACAACAUGAAGCGGCGGA